AUGUCAUUUGUUAAGACUGUUGAUUCUUCUGAUGUGAUAAAAACUGUCGAUGCAUUGUUUAAUUUGUUUGCUGAUGUUAUUGAGUGGGUUGGGCCUAGUAACAUUAUGCAUGUGGUCACUGAUAAUGCUGCUAAUUAUGUAUCUGCUAAAAAACUUAUUCAUGAAAAAUACCCAAAUAUAUUUUGGUCUCCUUGUGCUGCCCAGUGUAUCAAUCUUAUUUUAAAAGAUAUUGCAAGUAUUCCUCACAUAGCUGACUUUACUUUCCAUGCUUCAAAAGUGACUGUAUUUGUUUACAAUCAUAUGAUCUUAUUGUCUUGGCUUAGAAAAAGAAAAAGUUGGACAGAAAUUGUUCGACUAGGAGUCACACAUUUUGCCACUGUUUUCAUUACUUUGAAAAGUAUAUAUGAUCACAAGGAAGAUUUGCAGGCAUUGAUGAUGGAAAAAUAUUUCACUUCUCAUAAGUUAGCCAAAAGUGCUAAUGAAAAGAUUGUUAGUUCAAUUGUCUUGGAUAGUAAGUUUUGGCAAGAUUGUGUUACCACUGUGAAAAUGGUUGGUCCUCUUAUUAAGUUGUUGAGGCUUGUUGAUGCUGAUGAAAAAUCCCCUUUGGAAAUCGUGUAUGAAAGCAUGCAAAGAGCUAAAAAUGCUAUCAAGACAAUGUUUAGAAAUCGAAAAGCUGCUUAUACGCCAUACACGAGUAUCUUGAAAAUGAGGUGGGAUAAGCAUUUUAAGCGUGAUCUCCAUGCGGCAGCGUACUUUUUAAAUCUAGGCAUUUUCUAUAGUGAAAAUUUUGUUGAGAAAGCAAAUAUUUUGAGAUCUUUACUUAAUUUGUUUGAUGUUGAAAUACUUUGUGAUGACUUAGUUGUCGCAAUGCAAGAGAUACAGCGGUAUCGAGAUUGUAAAAAAAGUUUUGGGAGAAAAAGUGCUAAGAGAGCAACAUCAAGACUCGAACCUGGUAAAUUAUUUCAUAUCCAAGUUUAG